ACCUCAUUCAUUACUGACACGGAUGAGAGGAAAGUUUCUUUGAAAGGACUCUUGACAGAGCUUAACAACCUGUUCGAUCAGGCUCAGUCAUCGUGUUUAGUUCAACUGUUACCUAUUGUAUUUAUCGCUUUUAACAAUCCACAUGGCCGCCUACAAGCUGGUUCUCAUUCGCCAUGGCGAGAGCUGCUGGAACCAGGAGAAUCGCUUUUGCGGCUGGUUCGACGCGGACCUGAGCGAGACAGGGGCUCAGGAGGCAAAGAAAGGCGGUCAAGCUUUAAAAGAUGCGGGGUUUGAGUUUGACAUUUGUUACACCUCGGUGCUGAAGAGAGCCAACCGGACGUUAUGGAUCGUUUUGGACAGCAUCGAUCAGAUGUGGCUGCCUGUGCACAGGACCUGGCGGCUGAAUGAACGCCAUUAUGGCGGACUCACUGGGCUGAACAAGGCCGAGACUGCCGCCAAGCAUGGUGAAGCCCAGGUUAAAAUUUGGAGGCGCUCCUAUGAUAUCCCCCCGCCUCCUAUGGAUGCAGAUCAUGACUUUUACAGCAUCAUUAGCAAGGACAGACGGUAUAGUGACUUAACAGAGGACCAGCUACCUUCUUGUGAGAGUUUGAAGGACACGAUUGCACGUGCCUUACCAUUCUGGAAUGAGGAGAUCGUACCUCAAAUCAAGGAGGGAAAGAGAGUGUUGAUUGCAGCCCAUGGAAACAGUUUGAGAGGCAUUGUGAAGCACUUAGAUGGUAUGUCUGAGGAGGCCAUCAUGGAACUGAAUCUGCCCACUGGCAUCCCUAUACUUUAUGAGCUAGACAAAAAUCUGAAGCCUAUCAAGCCAAUGCAGUUCCUUGGAGAUGAGGAAACUGUUCGCAAGGCUAUGGAGGCUGUGGCGGCCCAGGGCAAAGCCAAGAAAUAGAGUAUACAUUGUACAUUAGCAUUGAUUUGCUUUAAACAAUACUUCCAUAUUUAACAUCAACUAGACAGAGCUCUAUAAAAGUAUGUACAAGUUAAAUAUAUAUAUGAAGCCAGUAUAUUUACAUGCAUAAUUUUAGGACAUUGGAAUCGUUACUAGUAUUUAUUGGUUAAACAGUUUACAUGGCACUUAAUUUUUGUUUGGAUUUGCUUAUGUAAGUCAUUCCCUUGGUUAAUGUACUCUGUCUCCAAUUUAUUUCACAAGAAUGUUAACUCGAGCUUUCUCAACCUCAUAAAGGGACAAAUAUUA